AAACGGCCUCCCCACAUCCCACGGACUCCCCCCCAUCUCACCGCCUCGGGCAGAACCCUUCGCUGAAUUUGUGUAGCCGAAUGACGCGCCGCAUCAUCUGAGAAACCAUCCGCGAACAUGUCUAAAUAUGGAACCCUGGUUAUGGGGCCAGCUGGCGCUGGCAAGUCGACCUUCUGUACAGCCCUCAUCCAGCACCUCCAGAACAGCAAACGUCCAUGCUUCUACGUGAACCUGGAUCCCGCCGCCGAAGAAUUCGCAUUCGAGCCCGAUCUAGAUAUCAAGGACCUGAUUAGUCUAGAAGAUGUCAUGGAAGAGAUGAGCUUGGGGCCCAACGGCGGCCUGAUAUACUGCUUUGAGUUCCUCAUGGAGAACCUCGACUGGCUGACGGACCCGCUUGAGGAGGUUACUGAGGAGUACCUCAUCGUGUUCGACAUGCCAGGCCAGAUCGAGUUGUACACCCACGUACCGAUAUUACCAAACCUGGUGAAGCAUCUCAUGACGGGUUCACUCAACAUACGCAUGUGCGCUGCCUACCUCCUCGAAGCGACCUUUGUCAUCGAUCGACCCAAGUUCUUCUCUGGCACACUCUCCGCCAUGAGCGCCAUGAUGAUGCUGGAGAUGCCGCACAUCAACAUACUGAGCAAGAUGGACCUGGUGAAGGGACAGAUAGCGAAGCGCGACCUCAAACGAUUCGUUGAUGUCGAUGCAGAUUUGAUCGAGGAUGAUCCGGCGCGCAAGAAGACAACAACCGAGGAAGAGAGGAAAUACAGAGACCCAGCGUCGACCGAGAGCCUGAUGAGCGGAUCAUCUUUCCAUAAGCUGAACAAGGCUGUUGCCGAGCUUAUUGAUGGGUUCAGCAUGGUCUCUUUUCUCAAGCUGGAUGUCCAGGACGAGGACAGUCUGGGUGCUGUGCUAAGCUAUAUCGACGACGCUAUCCAGUUCCACGAAUCGCAGGAGCCCAAGGAGCCGAAAGACAUGGAAGUAGAAGCCGACAUGUGAGGAACUAUAGGAGUGACUGUGUUUGCAUUGAAGGUGUUUUGGCUAUGGAAGGCAUAUUUGGCAUUUGUGGGCGUUCACGACUUUGGAAAUAUCGGGAAUUACUUGGAUGGGUCACGGACGACACGAGCAGAGAUACGAUACCCAAUACACUCAUACAUAUGACACAUCACAUCCAUCUGUCAUGCCACAGGGUACCAAUCGGAAAAGGUCCAAGUCUAGAAUUCUUUUUUCGUACUCGUAUCUCUUCGGAGAAAGAGACUUGCUUAUGAGCGUGUUACGAACUAUACAAUGUCGUGUUUCCACGGCCGCUUCAAUGUACCGUACAGGUGGUAAGCCGACAUAAAGCCUGAAGCUCGG